AUGCCGAAGCAUUUGAGUGAGAUCACCUUUCCACCGUUCUACACUCGCACACACCGACCACCUUUGCAACAACACAGGGUCUCUAGUUGUGGAUGGCGGGUGUUUUACAUAAAGGCUGACUAUGAGAAACUGACAAUGGCAAGGGACGCGAUGGUUGGCGGAACGUUAGCCUUAUUUCCUCCUUCAAAUCUCUAUCUCCAACAUCUCAACCUCCUUCAUAUUGACAUGCAGACAUUCGACUUAGCUACCACUGGUGAGCCGCAGAAACCUCUGGAUGUCAUUAUAAGCGAAAACUUGGGCCUUGAAACAGUCACGUCAAGCGUCGAUUCACCAUUGGUCUCAGCUACCACUGGUGGGCCACGGAAACCUUCGGAUGCGAUUAUAGGCGAGGACCCAAGCCUUCAAACUGUCAGCAACAGUGUUAUCUGUCGUCAGCGGCAGCUCAUCAAAGUGAAGGCCGAUGUCGUUCAGUCCAGUACUUUACGCGGAAACUUUUCAUCGCCUAUUUGCCGCCUGCCGACUGAAAUUCUUUCGGAAAUCUUCCUCUACUGUUUGCCUGAAGACGAGCAUUGGAUGUAUGCAUCGAGACUGGCUCCCUUGCUUUUGACCAGGAUAUGUCGCCAAUGGAGAGAGGUUGCUGUGGGCUUGCCCAGGUUAUGGUGCAGGCUGCAGUUGGAACUCUGUCCCAAUCCUUGGCAGGACAGAGCUUUCGGCUACGACUCCUGGCUGAAGCGAUCAGGAGCAUGUCCACUUUCGCUGAGACUCACGUGUCGAACUGACUGGAGCAAGCUUUGUAGAUUGCUCCAGCCAUAUAUUCAGCAAAUCUCAUCUCUCUUGCUUGACUUUAUAUCCUGCGACAGCCCUUUCGUUAUGGAAGACUUCCACGCACUCAAGGAACUCACGAUACACCAAGAUGUUCGUGAUCAUCCUGCGCGAGCCGUUAAACGCUCUCUCUCGAAAUUGCCGGUUAAUCUGCGCAGGAUUAACAUGCAGCAUCUAUGGUUCGACUGCAACCAAUUAGGUUGCCUCACUGCUUCCGCAUGGGCUUGUCUGACACAUCUCGAGAUCGGCGUAGAUGGACUAAAUGCAUUCACCCGCAUACUCCGUCUAUGUCCCGAUCUCUCUUCCCUGAAGAUGAUUGGAAUAUUCUACACCAUCGAGACUCCAGAAUUAGUCGUGCACACCAACCUUCAAUCUUUAUCCAUGUCUUGGAGCGUACUUUCGAACACAGACGAGGAUAUUGGCCUAUUCGAGGUUAUCACACUCCCGAACCUUCACGUACUUGAGGCUCGCAAUACGGGGCGGUGGCCACAUGCAUCGUGCAUGGAAUUUUUGACGCGGUCAGAACGUCCCCUGGAGAGGCUGAUUUUCGACAGGGGAGUCUGGACAACAGAACGGGAACGAGCAGAAUAUGCUACCCUUGUUCCUUCCUUCGAAUUGAUUGCAGAUCCUGGAAGCAACUUUAAUGUAGAUGAAGAAUAG